AUGUAUACAGUGUCUAAAGGACCCAGCAAGAUUGUAGCUAAAACUCGAAGAGGUCUCACUCAGAAUUUAGAGAGAUUAGACAGCCGUAAAGAGUCUCAUAGGAAAUCAUCAGACUCCGACAAUGGGGAAAUUCUAAGCAUGCCUAAGCCAGUAUUUCAUUCCAAUGGAAAAAAGACAGUACACCAAAGAAUACAGCACAAUGUGAUCACACCACAGCAUGAAGAAAUGAUUAGAUAUAUAAGCGAAACCUGGACACAAACAUCCAAUGGUGAUAGUGAGCCCUCCACACCAACAAGUACAAUUGGCUCCGGCAGUUCAUCUCCUGCUCCGUCAACCCUCUACUAUCAAGAUCCACCGAGUCCCGAACUAGAAAACUUCACACCCUUUGACCUCGAGACCUGGUGGGGAAAACGACUCUUCCACAACAUCACCAAUUCUAUAUAG